AUGAAGAAUCUGGUUUUAAAAUGGGAGUCGGAGUUUAUCAGUCGUGGAGUGGCUUUUGGGCGUGCAGGUGUUUGGAGCAAAACCGGCGCAAAUCAACCUACCCAAGGCUCGCUUUCUUCGGAAAUGCAGUGGUGCCCAGUGCCAAAUAUCAGCCCUUGGGGGUUCAUAAAUAGCGGCAUUUCGACAUUCGACCGUCCAGAUGAAGUGAACGUCGAAUUUGACGAGUUGAAUGCACUAAUUCCAGUUGCUCAAAGCUUCAAUUCGCCAUUUUUCAGAAACCAACUAUGGUAUUGGUUACAACAUUUCCCAGAUCUCAGUGGGCUUAGCACACAUUUCAACCCAAGCCUUCCGCCGUCUCUUGCGUUGUUUCCUGAGCUAUCCAAAUCUGGGCACGGAGAGUUAUUUGAUUACUAUCUUCAAGAAGUGUGCCCUCGCACAGCCGCCAGCUCUGCGUUUUCUUCGCCGUUUGCCUCUGUGGUUCUUCCAUUCUGCUUAUCAGCUUCUCCUACGCUCUUCAAAGCCAUUCAAGCAUUGGGGGCAUGCCACUUAUCAAGGCUUAAUCCAAGCUAUGGUGCAAUCAGUCUGCGUUAUAAAUCAGAGGCUUUGAGGGACCUUCGUCAACGUCUUUCAUCAGAGGGGAGUUUGAUAUGCUCAAUGGAUCCCGAAGUUCUGGUUAUCAUGAUCAUGCUAUGUCUAUACGAGAUAGUGGACAAGUGCGAUCAACAAUGGACCAUCCAUCUCAAAGGCGCCAACGAUUUAAUUCGACUACGAAGAAAGCAGCAGAUGAUAUUCGCGCAGCCAAUGGCCCCAUCGGAUCCUGUGACAAGAUUUGCAGAGCAAUUCUUUGCCUUCCAGGAUGUCAUGGGUCGAACUGCUUGCGCCAAAGAGGUCUUGUUCGGUACAGACUACUGGAAACCGGACGAACGCAAUAUCGAUCUUUGGAUGGGAUGCAGUCCUGAAUUGGUCUCAAUCCUGGCCAAAAUCACAGAUAUGAGUCGAACAAGGAGACAAAAUACAUCUGAUGCGGACAAGGCAUCGUUCUCACUACGUGCGGCCUCCCUUGAACGCCAACUAGAGAACUUAGUUCAAGAGGUGGGAGAGGGUGAUGAUGAAAUUCUUGCACUAGUUGCAGAUUCUAAGCGAUUGGCUGCAAUGCUUUACUUGCAUUGCUCUCUCCAUGGGGCUAGUCCCACCACACCUUUAGUGAAGAGUUAUGUGCGCCAGAUUCUGCGACUCAUAUCGGACCUUCUUGAUCGUAAAUCACUGGUCAAUGUGACAUGGCCUAUCUUCGUAUCGGCAGUAGAGCUUGACCCAUAUGAUGAUGAACUCUUCCCGGAGCCAGGAAUUAAAUCAGGCUCGGGACGAGCGAUUGUGCUACGUUCUCUAGCAACAAUGGCCGAUUCAACGAUCUCAAACAUUGCCAGAACACGGGCAGUGAUCACCAAACUAUGGCAGACACGAGAUUCAGAUUUGAUCAAGGGAGCUGCGAUGCAGAAUCAGUGCAAUGAUUGGGAAUGGUAUGUGGUGCCAAUCAGCAAUGCCAUGAGUCUAGCGUGA